AUGCUCCACUUCCGCACCGAAGGUUUCAACGGAUGCGCCGUCAAAUACUCCCCCUUCUUCGACAACCGAUUGGCAGUAGCCUCAUCGGCCAAUUUCGGUCUCGUCGGAAAUGGCCGUCUAUAUAUUCUUGAAUUGACACCAAACGGAAUUGUACCGUAUAAAUGGUUCACAACCCAAGACUCCCUCUACGACCUGUCCUGGUCCGAAAUCCAUGAAAACCAACUCCUCACAGCCUCUGGCGACGGCAGCAUCAAGCUUUUCGACACCAGUGUGCCCGACUACCCAAUCCAAAACUGGAAAGAACAUAACCGCGAAGUCUUCAGCGUGCACUGGAAUCUCGUCGCCAAGGACCGGUUCUGUAGUAGUAGUUGGGACGGGACGGUACGGGUGUGGUCGCCGCAUCGACCGCAUUCGUUGUUGACGCUGCCGACGCAUAGUUGUACGUAUGCGGCGGAGUUUUCGCCGCAUUCGCCGGAUAUAUUGUCGUGUGUGGCGUCGGAUAGUUAUCUACGGGUGUUUGAUUUGAGGGUGCCGGCGUCGGCGAAGAAUCAUUUGGUGGUGCAGGUGCCGAUUCAUGCGGGGAACUCGACGGGAGCGGUAGGGGCAGGGGCAGCGGGGGUGGCACCGAGUGAGGCGUUGACGAUGGAUUGGAAUAAAUAUCGACCGUCGAUGGUGGCGACGGCGGGGGUGGAUCGGACGAUUCGCACGUUUGAUAUCAGGGCGCCUGGGCAGGGACCGCAGACGGUGAUGGUGGGACAUGAGUAUGCGGUGCGGAAGGUGGCGUGGUCGCCGCAUUUGUCGAAUGUGUUGCUUAGUGCGAGUUAUGAUAUGACGUGUCGGGCGUGGAAUGAUCAGUCGCCGCCGGGGGCGGUUGGGGAUGUGGAUGUGAUGCGGACGGGGCCGGGGCCGAAUAUGGGGGUCGAGAUGGGACGCAUGGGACGGCAUACGGAGUUUGUGACGGGGGUGGAUUGGUGUUUGUUUGGGAGUGAGGGGUGGUGUGCGAGUGUGGGAUGGGAUGAGAGUCUGUAUGUGUGGGAUGUGAGGGCUGUAAUGGGGUAA